AUAGCUCAAUUUUGCAAAGAGUUCAACGAACGAACUAAACACAUCAUAACUGGAGUUCCGAUCCCCACGAUCAUCCAUUACAAGGUAAUUUUUGCCUUAUUGUUCUUCCCUGUACUCUUAGGCAGAGAAGUUGCUGGUACAGUGACCCUGAAGCAGAUUUAUGAAAUUGCCAAAAUCAAGAAGCAAGACUCGUCGAUGAAGAAUGUACCAAUGGAAAGCUUGUGCAAGAUAAUCAUCGGCUCAACAAGAAGUAUGGGCAUUGAGGUUGUUCCUGGCAGAGAUCAAGAUACGUGACACAAUGCCAAUUGCGUUAGGUUCCUUCAAAGAUGUUGUUUAGAUUGUCACGCCAUCUUUUCUUUUGGAUUAUCACGAAAUCGUAUCUUUCGGUCACGCAAUGUUAUAGGAAAGAUAUUAUAAAGGCGAGAUCGUUUAUUUCUGUUAACAUGCAACAUUUUAGGAAAGAUACUAUGGCAUGCCAAAAGAGGUUAACUGUUUCUGGUUGGUCCCAAACCUGGGCAAGAAAGAGAGACUUGCUUCAAGGAAGAUGUGAAGGAAUAUGGAAUAGAUGGACUGGGGAGCAGAAUUUCUCCUCGAAUAUAGUUUAAUUACUGACGGCUUUCUUUUUUCUUUUCAAAUAUUGAAAAAAAAGCAGGCGAUGGGAAUGGCGAACUUCGCAUCUCAGGAGCAAUAUCUUGACUGACAUGAGAGCAGAUUUUUCUGACAAUUUUUUUUCGCAAAAGACGGGGACAGAAUGUUCAGUUCGGUGUACUUAGACGUGAUUAGACUGUGACCAGUCUCUCUUUUCCUCGAAAAUCCGCGGGGAAGAACGCAAAUCAAGUAAGCGUGCGAGAGUGACUGUCAGUGUCAAGUGGGAUUUUCGAGGAAAAGAGAGACUGCUCGCAGUCUAAGACGUGAUAAGAUGUCUUAUGUUCAAUGACUAAGAUCUUGUUUUUCUUAUGAAUCUUUUUCUGUAAAAUGUGUAAAUUAAAUUGCUUUCAAAUACA